UCUUCUGAUGGAGUCUGUGGCAGGCUCUGUAUGCUGUUUUGUUACUUGUUUUCUUUCGUCUGUGUGAAUAUAUAACAGAUGCUGCUGGCAUUCACAGUUGUUUUAAAAUAUUACCACACAAGGCAUUCUUUUCAAAUGCCUUAGAAACGGAGGAGAUCACUGCGGAAACUACAGCAACGUCAACGUUAGCUGCCCAUUUGGACAGUGCUAAAUAGGUAACGUGUAGCGUCUGCUAGCGUCUCUCAACCCCUUGGCCUACUCCGCAUCUGGAAGCAUUAUAUAGGAAAUGCUGUUAUUGCAUAUGCACGUGAAUACUUUGACUGCAUAUUAUUGUGCAGUUGUCCGGAUCUGUUGAAAAACGCACCUGUAAACGUGCUAUUUGGCUAAAGGAGUUAGCACACCAACAACGUCUUCAAUAGCUAACGUUAGCAGCGUCAACAACAUGAGCACCAAACGGGCUAGUUGCGGAGGCAUCGGAGGUUCCAACAACCAUUCACCAGGUGCCAACCAAACAUCUGGCGAUGUGUGUCGGAAACAGGGCACGUCUUCUAACAUGCAGACAGGCGGCAGUUUUGGGAGAUCUGGCUGCGAAUCUAGCUCCGGUAGUGUCUCCAUCUCGUCCCUGAAAACCCGCCUCGGCCCAACCAUCCGAAACACACUCUCCGCAGCAGUGGACACACUUCUCGGCGAAAUGGUGCUCGUGCUGACCGAAACACAGCAAGACUUGGUCACCAAGGAGCAGGAGAACGAGCGGCUGAAGGUGCGCCUGGAGGUGUCGGAGAGAGAGCUGAAAACCUUACAGGAUUGUCUAUGUAGCGCCCAAAAACUGAUCGACCAACUCCAGGGCCCCUUCGGUGGGACUCCCAAUUACGGGCAGCAGUUUUACCCCACCUCCCCUCCCGGCUCCAUGAAUCGCAUGGGCCACCGGAUGCCGAACGGCCCCGAUGCCCGGUGUUACGGCGUGGAUGCCGAGUACGGCGGGAUGGGCGACGCGUCAAUGGGAUACGACUCCCGGGAUGAGUACAAGAACUGUCACCUCUCCAUCCAAGCAGACGGCACUGUCACCAACCACAUGUAUGACCCGAUGGCGGUCAACUCCCAAGGGAUGCAGUCAGAUAUCCACCGGUCAAAUGUGGGCGUGGACUCCAGGCGUCACUCGGAGGGCUCCGGCCUGGGCCCCGUGUCCUCCUCCGGCCAGCGUCUGGAGGUGAAGGAGGAGCAGGGCCAGGCCUCGGGCUCCUCCUCCUCCUCCUCCAGCAUGUGUCGACGCGGGGGCCGCGGCGGCGGGGGGGCCAAGGAGUCGGCGGAUACGGUUGGGGAGCUGGGCUGCAUCCAAGUGGUGGAGGAGGGCGGCGAGGGGGGAGGUGGUUCUGGGUCUGCUACCGGACGUCGGAGCUACCAGCAGAACGAGGCGUCCACCAGCUCUGGCACCACACGCCCGCAAACCGGCCUGAGGGGCGGCCCCAAGCCCGGCUCUGCGGCGGCGGCAACGCGGGGGUCCCCUGGCGCGUUGUCCGGGGGCCACAGAGGAAGCACAUCGUCCGUGGGGGAGGAUGGAGGAGGAGGAGACGGAGCGGCGACCAGCGUGAACAGCGCGGCCUCCAUGACGGGCACGGACGCGGCAGGCGGAGACCGCCCCCACCUGUGCCUGGAGUGCGGCAAGACCUUCCGCCUGAUCUCCAGCCUGAAGAAGCACGUGCGCAUCCACACGGGCGAGAAGCCCUACCCCUGCGCCGUGUGCGGCCGCCGCUUCCGCGAGUCCGGCGCGCUCAAGACCCACCUGCGCAUCCACACCGGCGAGAAACCGUACGCCUGCUCCGAGUGCGGCACGCGCUUCCGCCACCUGGACGGCCUGCGCAAGCACCGGCGCACGCACACAGGGGAGAAGCCGUACGUGUGCGCCAUCUGUGGCAAGCGUCUGAGCCGCCUGCAGCACCUGAAGCACCACCAGCGCAUCCACACGGGGGAGAGGCCCUGCGUCUGCCCCUGCUGCCACUGCAGCUUCAAGGACCCCGCCAGCCUGCGCAAGCACCUGCGCACCAGCCACCCCGAGGACCCCGCCGCACACGCCCAGGACGGGGCCCUAGGGGGGGGUGCCGGCGGGGUAUUCAAGGAGGACCCGGAGGGGGGGUCCGGAGGAGGAGGAGGAGCAGGGGGGAGCGGUGGAGGUGCAGGGGGAGCAGGGGAGGAUGAUCCGCUACAGGGCUCCAUAGGCUCGUCCCCAGGGGCGGCCAUGAGGUUUGGGAUGUGGGGCGAGGAGGAGGAGCAGGAGGAGGAAGAGCAGCCGGUGGUGGACUGUGUGUAG